UUUAUAUCUCCCUGCCUGGUCUCCUCAUCUGGUGUUUUCUUUUUUUCUUUUUGUUUUGUUUUGUUUUGUUUUAUUUUGUUCUGUUUACCCAGGGAAACAUUGGAAAACUCAUAUUCUCUCAGGCUGGAUUCACUCAUUUUCACCAAUGGAUGGAGUUUAUUCCCCAGCAAGUACAGUGACUUCUUAAAAAGUGAGUGAGCAUUUACUGAAAAGUUCUUCACCUCCAGCUUCACACAUUGUGCUGGGUGCUCCUCCUGAAGUAUUCAUCGGCAUGGAGCAGCGUGGAGGUGCGGGAGGGGGGACAGAGAACCCCGGCCUUCAGGACCGCGCCAGCCCCGAGGAGAGAGGGGAGAGCCCUGCCUCCAGCGGCCCCCCGCCGUGCAAGCUGGGCCGUCUGGAGGUCAACGGCAGCCCAGCAAACCCACAAACCCGACAGAACGGCACACCGCUGAGACCACUGGGAGGUUUGAUGAUCCCGGUCUACUGUGUGGUCGAGCACGCAGACGUGGGCGUGGCUGGCGACUGCGAGGGGCGCGGCGACCGCCACGCUGAGUUUGUGCUGGUUCGUAAGGACGUCCUCUUCACACAGCUGGUGGAGACGGCACUGGUCGCUCUGGGAUACUCGCACAGCUCAGCUGUACAGGCGCGUGGCAUCAUUAAAGUGGGCCGGUGGAAGCCGAUGCCCAUCCACUACCUAACAGACGCACCAGAGGCAACAGUGGCUGACAUGCUGCUGGAUGUUUACCACAUGGUCACACUGCGGAUCCUGCUGCACAGCUUUGCCCGGCUGGAGGAGCUGCCAUCGGAGCAGUGGACCCACGCCACGGUGAGGAACGCCCUCAAAGAGCUGCUCCGAGAGACCAACCAGAGCGCUCUGGCUAAGGAGUGUCCUCUCUCCCAGAGUAUGAUCUCAGCCAUAGUGAACAGCUCCUACUACGCCAACGUCUCCACCUCAAAAUGCCAAGAGUUUGGACGCUGGUAUAAGAGGUACAAACGCAUCAAAGGUGAAUACAUUGAGAAGAUGUGUUCAGCGCAGGACAAAUCUGAUAUUAAAGUGGAGAGGGAUUUGGACCUGAGCGUCAUCAGCCAGCGCCCUCCCUCUCUCUUGCCCUCUCCCACCCAUUUGGGCGCCAUUGCCGGAGCUCUUCCCAUCAAGAGUGGCCUCGGGGACGCCCAGACCCCAGCCCAGCCUCACUGUCUGCCCCACCCCGCCGGCCAGCACCACCCCAGCCCUCCACUGCGUCCCCAGGCUCCGCCUCUCCUGGGCCACAGCGGCCUCCUGUCCCCCCAGCUCUCCCCUCAGCUCGUCCGUCAGCAGCUCGCCAUGGCCCACCUCAUCAACCAGCAGCUGGCUGUCAGCCGCCUACUCGCCCACCAGCACCCACAGGGAGUCAACCAGCAGUUCCUCAACCACCCGCCCAUCUCAAGGACGUGCAAGGGCUCCGGCGCCGCCUCCGAGCCCGGCCUCAACUGCUCGGGGGCCGAAGUCUCCUCUGACAUUUACCAGCAGGUCAGGAACGAGCUGAAGAGGGCCAGUGUUUCCCAGGCAGUGUUUGCCCGCGUGGCUUUUAACCGCACACAGGGCUUGCUGUCCGAGAUCCUUCGUAAGGAGGAGGAUCCUCGCUCUGCCUCUCAGUCGCUGCUGGUCAACCUGAAGGCCAUGCAGAACUUCCUCAACCUGCCAGAGGGCGAGCGAGACCGCAUCUACCAGGAGGAGAGAGAGAGGAGCACCAACACCAACCACAACCACUCCACCAACCACAUCUCCAACUCCAACACACACAGACACACACAGACAAAGUGCGGCGUGCCAAGUGCGGAGCUGCCGCUGAAGCUCGACUCGCUGGUGAACAUCACGUCGGGGAUCUACGAGGAGAUCCAGCAGGAGAUGAAGAGGGCGAAGGUCUCCCAGGCUCUGUUCGCUAAGGUGGCCGCCAAUAAAAGUCAGGGUUGGCUUUGUGAGCUGCUCAGAUGGAAAGAGAGCCCGAGUCCUGAUAACCGCACGCUGUGGGAGAACCUGUGCACGAUCAGGAGGUUCCUGGCGUUACCUCAGGCAGACCGAGACCAGGUCUACGAAGAAGAGUCGAGGCAGCAGCACAGCGACAGGCUCCACACCGUCCUCCACAUCCCAGACCAGCAGGCCCUCCACAGACAGCCCCUGCCACCUCUGACAUCCCCAUCUCCAAUUCAUGAAGACCCGCAGCCUGUCCCGCUGCCGGUGUUGCAUGGCUCAGAGGACGGGCCCCAGCGUGGGAUGAGUCCUGGCCUUGGCGGCGGUGGACCAAAGAAAGCCCGUUCGCGGACACGGAUUUCCCUGGAGGCCCUGGGAAUCCUGCAGAGCUUCAUUGGCGACGUGGGCCUCUACCCCGACCAGGAGGCCAUCCACACUCUGUCAGCUCAGCUGGACCUGCCCAAACACACCAUUGUCAAGUUCUUCCAGAACCAGCGCUACAAUGUCAAGCACCACAACCAAGCCAGAGAGUGCGUCCCCGAGGAGGACGACAGGGAGAGCUCGAGUCCCAGCGAGGGAGGCAUCGGCGCGAUGGAGAGCCGAGGGGAGGAGGGGUUCUCUGCCUCUGAGGAGUCAAGUGAGGACGGGAGAGGAUCAGUGGAGGUGUUCAGAACAGAGGGAGGAGACAAAGGAGAGGAAAGAGAGGUGGAAAUGGAAGUAGAGAAGGAAGAAGUGGAUGAUGGGAAAGCCUCAGGGCCAGCAACUUCCUCCCUGUCCCCCUACAGCAGCCUGGACAGCCCCCACUCUGCAGAGCAGCAGAGAUAACAGCAGAGAAACAAGACAGAGAGAGACACAUUCGAUGGAGACAGAGGACACCAUCAAACUGUGAAGACCACACACACAGAGGACCUGUGAAUAAACACACACACACACUUUGAUCACCUUUACCAGAGCUGAUGAUCAGAGCUCCUGAAUAUCUGAACAACUGUGGAAAAAUAACGAUGUAAGAUUUGACUGAAAAGGGAUCUGUAGGUACAACCACUACCAUCAGACACCAGUAUUAUCGCUUUGACGCUGCCUGUAAGACAGAAUCUUUGGAUGAUUUUAAACACGUUCCCUCCUAAAGUUUCAGUGUUUCACAGAGCUGAGGAUGGAAAAAGCAUUUCAAACAGCAUUAGAUCAUCACUCCACUCCACUGAAACCCACAUCACCCAUCAACACUGUAGAAUCUAUGAGUUUGUCCUUUGUUUUAAAUCGAUACUCCACAAACCAAAUACCUAAAUACACAGCGUCCUUUGCAUUUAGCUAUACAGGGUUUUUUUUUAAUUUAAAGAUACAGAAACAUACUGAUUUUAGGCAGAGACAGAGAAGUGGGUUAUGCUACAGAAUUGAUUUGAGAAGUUAAGAUAGUUUGUUUCCAUCCUAAAAGGCUUCAGCCAUCUUUAAAACUCUACUGUUUAUUAUAAUGUUUAAAGAUUUAAGGUUUGAUGCUAAAAAGAUUUUGACCAGAAACACUGUAAGUUUGGGCCUCGGUCUCUUCACAUAGACACAGACAGAGAGUCUCAGGCUCCUUGAUGUGACAUUAAAUGAACAAAGCUGGAUCUGUUUGGAGUCUAAUCCUAACCACAUUAAAAUCCUCCCAGAUCUGAUCUGAUAUUCAAAAAUCAAUCAAUCAAUAAAUAAAAACACGUCGAGCUGCAGCCAGAGAUGAACUGUUUGUCUUCUUGUUACGUUGAUGUCAUUAUAUUGGGACCAAGGAUUAAAAAAACGUACUGACACUGAGCAGAGGUACCUCAUGUGAAGGGCAUUCACCUUUGGGAAAUGGAGACAUGCAGGACAAUAACAAUAGAACGUCCAUUCAAAAUGAAGCCAAUUUUCUAUUGUUUUUUUUUUUUUUUAAUAUGUAAUUUAUUGUCCUUCCCAUGAUGCUUUAAGAGGUCCCUACAUCGACUGAGCUUUAUGUGACUCUCAAGCUUUUACUGGCUUGUUUUUAAACCCGACUGAUCAGUUUUCCAGUGGAAGUUCAUGUACGUCUUAAUGUAAAUGUUGACAAUCCACCUGAAAAAGUGAGUCUGUCAUCAUAUGUGGGAUGCAACCACUGUCACUUUACACUGUUUUGUGUAUUUUGUGCCACAAAGGAACAGGGUAUGAAAACGGAUGACUGAGUUUGACAAUCACCUCUGUCCUGGACGGAGCACACGCGGUCUCUGAUUUGUUCCACUUUGAUGUUUGUUUGAUUCUGUUGUGGGAAGGACAUGAAAAUCUGAUAAAACUUUUCCAAAGUAUUCUGUGUGUGGAACGUUUUACCCUCUUUGCCUUUUGAAAACCUCUGAAAGCCUGAAGCAGCACUGCACACCAGGUUAUAACUGUGCAGAUAUAAGAGAAAAGCUAAAUGUCAUCAUGUAUAAGUAGGAAACAGAAUAGUUGUCAUUCCACUCUGGGUCUUUAGCCUUCACAUACCUAACCUCUGACCACAAACACUAUAAAGAGAACAAAUGUAAAAUGCAUAGUCCUCCACAACCAAACCACAGACACAGGAAUAUAAAAACAGCAGCAACAGCAAAGUGUACACUUAUAAUUAGAUGGGUGGGGGGCACAGUCUUUUUAAACCCCUUAUACAAAACAUAUUGUAACUCCUGUGCAGUGUGUAUGAGAUUAAAAAAAAAAUCUAUAUAUAUAUGACAUAGUUUUCGUAAAUUGAUCUGAUCAGGACAGAUAAUUAUAAUCAGUCCCAGCAGACACCCAGUGCGGUUUGAUCGAUUGUGUAAUAAAUUUGUGAUCAAACCGCCUCAUCCCCAUCGUGCACUGUGUAAAGGUAUCUGCUGCUAAACGUGCAGAG